UGAAGUGAUAGUCGAUGAAAGGGCGUCAAAAUAGUCACUUUCAUGGGAAGAUUUUGGAAAAAUUAUUUCAGGCAAAAGUGAAUAAAUCAUUAUGACAAUUGCGCCCAAACAUGGAUUAAUAUUCCCCUGCUUAUUGAUAGGUUUAAUCACAAGUUCGCAAGCGAACUGGAAUUCACCUCCUUUUGAGAAACCUGACCCUAUCGACGAUACCGUAAAAUUUGUGAGUUCUUCAAGUGUAAUAACAAACAUUGAACUCAAGGAGGAAGUCGAACAUGCAGUUUGUAUAGCACAACUUAAUUACGAAGAUUCAACAGAGCCUCAACUCGGUUCAUUUUCAACCGGCCAAAGUUUCAUUCUUGGCGCAGAGUUCAGAAAGAAUGAAGCCACUAAAAAAUGGGACCUGUACAUUACGAAGAAGCAGGACUACGAGACUCCAGCAAUGCGGCAAUACAGAUUCGAAGUUGUUGUUGGAACUGACCGUAACGAUGUUGCCCUGAACAUAAUAAAUAUUGAUGACAAUCCUCCGGUGAUCCAGGCAGUUGAGCGAACAUGUGCGAUCGAAGAAAAUUUUUCAGGCAGGUCAAACUGCUCCUUCCGCAUCAGCGAUGCUGACGGUUGGAUAGACCAAACGGUAAUCACUUUCACCUCAACGCCGGAAUCGGGAUCAGAAAAUUUCGAAUUCACCCGUGAACUCAUUCCCAGCAACAAUUAUGAGAUGAAAGUUCAUUUAGACGUGAUUGAGCCUUUAGAUUUCGAGAAGAUUACAACGUACACGCUGCAAGUCAAGGCUACAGAUAGUGGGAAAAACGAAGGGACUUUAUUAAAUGUAGUUCAAGUGAUUGACAUGCCGGACAUGCCCCCCGUGUGGAGCAGUCUAACAGCGUCGCAAUCGAUAGUCGAGAAGACCCUUCACACCUUCGCGGUCUCAGCGAUUGACGGAGACAUUCAGAUAAACGCCGAGAUAAACUACAAAAUAGAGCCUGAACAGCAAGAAGAGAGAGAUCUAUUCUCAGUCGAGACGAAAACAGGAAAGAUCACGAUCAAUCCCAUAGAUCGCGACACCUUGAAGAAAGAGGUCUUCAGAUUUUCCAUCAUUGCUUAUGAGAAAGAGAACAUCACCUCGAAGGUUGAAGGUACGAUAGUGAUUAUCGUCGAAGAUGUGAACGAUCACAGCCCCGUGAUAACCCCCCAAGAGCUGACGAUAGCCAUCAAAGAGGCGACGUACAUGACCUUAGAUUUCCCCGAAUCCAUCAUCAUCACUGAUCCAGAUCUCGCUGAAAAUGGCCAAUACUCAGUCAGCCUGACUGAUCAUUCAGAGCAUAAGUGGAGCUCAGCUUUCGUGGUCGUCCCAACCAGCGGAUACCAAUCAGGAACCUUCACGAUUUCAGUUCUGAACGCUUCAUUACUGGAUUAUGAGGACGAGAAGUGGAGGAACAUGGAGAUCGAAAUCAAAGCUGUAGAAGUUGCCAACAGGACGCACAUCGGCAGGAGGACCGUCACCAUCAACUUAACUAACUGGAACGAUGAGUAUCCGAUUUUCGAGAACGAUUCUGUCGAGGUCGAAGUACUUGAGGAUGUGCCGAGGGGACAUCCAAUAACGACCAUGCUAGCUACAGACAGGGAUGUCGAUGACCGCGUCACCCACGAAUUGAUCUCUCAGAAAGGUUUGGCUAUCAACGAAACCACUGGAGCAAUUUCAACAGCAAUCGACGAUGCCUUGGAUUACGAGACGAUGCCAAUUGUUGUUGUCCAAGUGAUGGCUUCAGAUCUUGUGAAGCAUAAAGUCUAUGCAACAUUGACGAUCAAGGUGAUUGACGUUAACGACGUGCCUCCGAAGCUCGUCUUGCCGAAGGAGAUUGCAUCGUUGAUCGAAGAAAAGCCUGUAGGAACAGUCGUUGAAGCAAUCAUUGAAGCGAGCGACGUAGACACCGAUGCAGAUCUGGUAUUUAGCAUCGAUUGGGACAAGACGACAGCUCAGAAAAAUGGAGUUCCGGUAAAUGAGAGCCUCUACCGAGAUCGCUUGGCGAUAGCAGCAUCUUACCCUGAAGGACAUCAUCGUUCAGCAGAAGGAAGGAUCGUUAUUAAAGGGAGAAUUGAUUACGAAGCAUUCGAUGUAAUCUUCUUGAAUAUCAUCGUGACAGAUAUUAAAACUGUUCACAACGAUAACUCAACGUCCGCUUCAUUGACGCUGAAAAUUAUAGACAUCAAUGAUAACGCGCCUGUUUUCAAUGAAGUUGAAGCGCUCAGAGUAACUGAAAAUGCGAUUACUGAUAUUCUGAUUGGUACCGUGACUGCUACUGAUGCUGACGGACCCGAGUUCAAUAAGAUUUCUUACUCCAUCAAAGCUGUCAAUAAUACUGAGGACGAUCUUAUCAGCAUCGACCAAAAAACUGGCACCAUCAGAGUGAAAUCUAAUGAAACAAUUGAUGCAGAGAAAUACGAAUACAUUUACUACGAAGUCAUUGCAUCUGAUGGCGAAAACAAUACGACUCUUACGCUUCCGAUAUACGUCAUCGACAUGAACGAUGAAGUUCCUUAUCUCCUUAACGAUAAAUUCAAUUCUACGAUUCACAUUCUAGAGAAAUCCGCAAGUGGAACGGAAAUUGUGACUAUCUACGGGUCAGAUGGUGAUCGGACGAGUCCUUACAAUAAUGUAUCGUACCUGAUUAACGAGAAUUAUCCCGCGCUUUUCCAGUAUUUCGAGCUAAGUAGAUUUGACGGAGUCCUUCGAGUUCACUUGACUGAUAAUCAUAUUUUGGAUCGCGAUUUUGGAGAGCCUAGGUACACAUUGAACCUAAAACUGAGGGAUAAUUAUCUUCAGACUGGGAUCACGUGGAAUACAAAUGCGAUUGACAAGGAGAUCACAGUGAUUCUGGAUGACAUAAACGACCAAAUUCCAAAGUUGCCGAACCUUGGGGAUCCUGCGAAGGAGGUCAACGAGAAUGAGAAGCAGAACACGAGGAUUCUAAAGAUUACAGCAGACGAUAAAGACGAUCCUGCUACAGACAACACCAAAGUGUCUUACAAAAUUCUGAGCAAUUCGCUAGUAGACGGAAAUAGCGAAGUUCAAAAGAACUGUGGGAACUUAUUCAGCAUGGAAACUGAGGAGUUAAAGAGCGCGAUUAUCUCAGCUGCUCGUGACCUGAAAGGCUGCUAUGGCACGUGGAAGGUUGAAGUAUACGCCCAGGAUCAUGGAACCUUCCCAGGACCCUUGAACGACACGAGAAUCUACCACAUCAAAGUUACUGAUUACAACUACAAUGACCCUGUAAUUGAGUUCCCAGCUAGGGGAACGCGUAUUCCCCUCAGCCUGGACCAGACCCUCCACACAAAGCUGAAGACUUAUGACAAGCAACCAUUGCCGGAUUUCAACGCCACUGAUGAUGAUUUUGGCGCCAGCGGAACUGUAGUAUUUUCAGUAUCAAGUCCAACUGGAGAUGAUUACUUCGAAAUUAUCGAGGCUGGGAAGAAUUCCGCUCAGCUGCAAUUGAAGCAAUGGCCGACUGAUGUUGAACAGAAUAGUCGAUACAUGAUAACUCUGACAGCCAAGGAUAAUGGAGAUCCACCGCGAGAAGUCUCUCAGGAGCACACGAUCAUCUUCGUUUCGGCCAGGGGACCGGAAUUUAAAGAAAAUGACUGGGAUGUUUGGAUCAAGGAGAAUAAGACUGGUCUGGACUUCUGGACAAUCAUUCCCGAAGCCGUCGAUAACAUUGGCGAUGAUGGAUCCAACAUUGUACCGACUUACUACUUCAUCGACAAUAAAGCCGGGGACUUCAAGUAUUUCGCUCUGGACAAAUCCACGAGGAAUCUAACAGUAGCACAAGAGUUGGAUCGUGAGAAGCAGGCGAAGAUGAACAUAUUAGUGAUCACGACAGCAGAUAGUGACGGACCUCCUCGCGAUCCUCGACCUGAAGCUGUCCUCAAUAUCACAGUCUUCGUUCUGGAUGAGAAUGAUAAUGCUCCUGUAUUCAAAAGCCACUUCUACUCAGGUGGAGUUGCUGUUGAAGAUGUUCUUGAUAAAGUCAUUUUGACUGUCGAAGCUACAGAUGUUGAUCUGAAUGACACGGUGAGGUAUGCACUGAUGGAAGGCAGCUUAACGACAUCAGACUCAUCGAUUGCUAGUGUGACGAAUCCGUUCUCCUUGGAUACCUCACAAGGAGAUGUUCUGCUGAAGUUUUCAGCCACCAGCAACAUGGCCGGAUUCUUCAAAUUAGAUAUUGCCGCUCAUGAUACAGCCGAUCAUUCUGACAAAACAACCGUCCAAAUAUACAUCAUCUCCAAGAGUAAUAGAGUCGUCUUCACAUUGAGGAACAACGCGGCUUUCGUGAGUGCGGAGAAACUGUUCAUUAUUGACAUAUUUUCGAGGACUUUCGGGUACAUCUGCAAUGUCGAUGAUAUCAAGAGCAGUGUCGAUGCUAACAAUCAUGUGAUGGAUAAUAUGACGACUUUGACGACGCAUUUCAUCAACUCCAAAGACAAUCUCCCUAUAGAUGCCGACGCCAUUAUUUUAGCGUCAAGUGAUCUCCAGACGGUCACUAAUCUGAAAGCCAAUCUUCAAGCCAGAGGGCUUUAUCUGAGCGAUGUGCCCACUGGAAGCUCCCCCGAGGAUUCAGACAAUGAGGACAGGGCUUACUGGACUCUCCUAUCGUUGACCAUUAUUUUCGGCUUCAGUACCAUCGCUGUUUUUGUGAUUUACAUCCUCAGGACGAGGAAUUUGACGCAGAGACUGGAUAAAAUGGCGGUGGAUUGGAAGACCGGGGAGGAUGAGAUUGGAAAGGAGAAGAAUGGGGUGGUUCCUACGACUAAUCAGUUUGCUACAGCCGGGUCGAAUCCUAUUUGGAAUGUUUCGAAGAAGUCUGAGGAUUUCGAUGACAAUGUCAGCCGUCGAAGUGGUGAUUCCGAUCUAAUCGGCAUCGAAGAAAAUCCCGACUUCGGCUACGCAAAUACCGCAUUCGUAACAGAAAAAGAUGCUGAGAUAAAUCAAUUGGAUAACGCGGUGCUGUUUCCCCAACGACCGACAGUUUUUUCCUUCGAUCCAACAUACAGCAAUGGAAAGAGCCACGAAGACAAGUGCUGAGACUAUCAAGUGAACUAGUGAUUGUAAUUUCUAUUUAUAAAGAAUAAAUGACAAAUUUGUUACAGAAAA